UUUUUUUCCCUUCCCGAAGGGUCCACCCCUUUGGGUGGAGUCUCGCUUUUUCUUUCCAGUGUUGGCUGACUUACAGCUUCUCUAAAGUAGAGGCAGUUUCUGAACCUCCGGCUCCUGCCUCGCAGUUCUGGCUUGUGAGCACCAAUGCAAAGAACUGCCUGGAGCGAGACACUUUCCUGAGCCCCGGAUCUUCCCCCCUUCUGGAACUAUCCCACCAUACAGAUUUAUCUCUUUUGAGAAUCCCCACACCAUGGACCUCAUCGGGCUGCUGAAGUCCCAGUUUCUAUGUCACCUGGUCUUCUGCUACGUGUUCAUUGCCUCGGGGCUCAUUGUCAACGCCAUCCAGCUGUGCACACUGGUCAUCUGGCCCAUCAACAAGCAGCUGUUCCGAAAGAUCAAUGCCAGACUCUGCUACUGCGUCUCCAGCCAGUUGGUGAUGCUUCUGGAGUGGUGGUCAGGCACGGAGUGCACCAUCUACACCGACCCGAAGGCCUGCCCCCACUACGGGAAGGAAAACGCCAUCGUGGUCCUCAAUCACAAGUUUGAGAUUGACUUCCUCUGUGGCUGGAGCCUGGCUGAGCGCCUGGGGAUCCUGGGGAACUCCAAAGUCCUGGCCAAGAAAGAGCUGGCUUAUGUCCCAAUCAUUGGCUGGAUGUGGUACUUCGUGGAAAUGAUCUUUUGCACGCGCAAGUGGGAGCAAGAUCGGCAGACGGUUGCCAAGAGCCUGCUGCACCUCCGGGACUACCCAGAGAAGUAUCUGUUCCUGAUCCACUGUGAGGGUACACGGUUCACAGAGAAGAAACACCAAAUCAGCAUGCAGGUGGCCCAAGCCAAGGGGCUGCCCAGCCUCAAACACCACCUGCUGCCACGCACCAAAGGCUUUGCUAUUACUGUGAAGUGCUUGCGAGAUGUUGUCCCAGCUGUAUAUGACUGUACACUCAAUUUCAGAAACAAUGAAAACCCAACACUGCUGGGAGUCUUAAAUGGAAAGAAAUAUCACGCUGACUGCUACGUUAGGAGGAUCCCCAUGGAGGACAUUCCGGAAGAUGAGGACAAGUGCUCUGCCUGGUUACACAAGCUCUACCAGGAGAAGGAUGCCUUUCAGGAGGAAUACUACAGGACAGGGGUCUUCCCAGAGACUCCCUGGGUUCCCCCACGGCGGCCCUGGUCUCUGGUCAACUGGUUGUUCUGGGCAUCGCUGCUGCUCUACCCUUUCUUCCAGUUCCUUGUUAGCAUGGUCAGCAGUGGUUCCUCGGUGACGCUGGCCAGCUUGGUCCUCAUCUUCUGUAUGGCCUCCAUGGGAGUUCGAUGGAUGAUUGGUGUGACAGAAAUCGACAAGGGCUCUGCCUACGGCAACAUCGACAACAAACGGAAACAAACGGACUGAUGUGGAAAAGUCACCUCCAGAGGGAACCGUGGGGGACGGCUGGCCUCUGCUUAGCCUUUGUAGCAGGGCUCAGUGAUGGAGACUGGGGGGCCCUUGCUGGGACAAACAGAAACCACAGCCCCUCUGGUCACAGAGUUUUGCCUCAGCGCUGGAUGUGAAAGGAAGACGGGUUUAGACCUUUCCCCUCCCCUCCUCCCUGUGUGAUAUAGUGGUUUUGGUUAUGUCUCUUUUCAGUUGCACACGUGUGUGUGUGGAGGGGGGUGCGCGCGCGCGCGCGNGUGUGUGUGUGUGUGUGUGUGUGUGUGUGUGUGUGUGUGAGAGAGAGAGAGAGAUGGGAUGAGGAGAAUGGGUGUGUGGUUGUGUGUGCACUGUGACCCUGUGACAGUAGGGUCUGGGAGGCUCCAAGGAAGGGCAGGGCCAGGGUGGAAGGGAAGGUGUCCCUGUCACCCCAUGGUGCUGCGUCUUCUCUAACCCUCAAUUGCCGGAGACAGAGUGAAAAGUGCUUUGGGUAAGAUGACUAAAUUAUGCCUCCAAAUAAGAAAAAGGAUUAAAGUGUUUGUCUGGGU